AUUGUUUAAAGAACAACAGUGAGGGAUUAUCAAAUUCUACUGUAGAAUUCCUGGAUUUAUUCAAUAAGUCUUUGACAUGUUUUGAACAUAACCUUCAGGGACAAACCAUCCAUCUGUCACAAAAUAACUACACAGAAGUAUGUAAAAACUGCAAUGAAACCUACAAGAUGUUGAAUGACCUGUAUAACAACUUGCAAAGGAUGAACAGGCAAGGUGGUGAGUCUGGGCACUCCGCACACUUGUGUAUCGACGUGGAAGAUGCAAUGAAUAUCACUCGGAAGCUUUGGAGCAGGACUUUCAACUGUUCUGUUCCCUGCAGUGAUACAGUCCCAGUGAUUGCAGUUUCAUCCUUUAUUCUCUUCCUACCUAUUGUUUUUUAUCUUAGUAGCUUCCUUCACUCAAAGCAGAAGAAGCGGAUACUCAUUUUGCCCAAGCGCAUCCAGUCAAAUGCCAGUCUUGUGAACAUCCAAGAAAAAUACAGCUGAGCUGCAAAACAAAACCUGAGAACUGCUGCUGGUAUACAGUGGGUACAAUUGUGUUGGAAUGAGGCCGGCACAAAAGAGGAGUUAAUUAUGGUUUAGUGUAAUGAUACAGAGCAACACAAGUUAAACAAAAUGCUGUCUGACUUCUAAGCGAGCAUAUUAACAAACAUGACAAGGCAGGGCUGUGUGAUACUGUAUGGACUCUGGUUUUGAAAAAUGUGUGGAUUUUUUUCUUUCAGUCUCGGGCUGAAGCUGGUGUUUUUCUGUUUCUAAGCUUUUGUACUUCUCAUCAAUAGAAUAGCUACACUUCUCUUGCAUGGUAUUUUUUCAUAUUUAUCAUACUUGUUUCCCAGAAACCUGAGAUUCUGAAUCUUUUUGAGAUGAUUUUCAUAGACAGACAAAACUUGAAAUAAUAUUUGAUGUUCUUGCUUGAAACAUGAGGUUUAAUUCUACAUAAUAUUCAGUCUUGCCAGUCUUGGGAUGGACAGGAAACCUUUAAAAACAUUCCCAUCU